AUGAGACUUUCAUUUCCAAUAACGCAAAAACCAAUGUUUAACUAUAUAAAAUAUUGGCAAUACAUUUCUCAGAAAGAUGUCAAACGAAUAGUUGAACAUGUUGUCAUCGUUAAUAAUAAACAAAGUACAAAAAACACUAAUAGUAGUGGCAAUGUUGUAAAAUUAGCAUAUAAUUUAAAUUUGGUAGAAAAAUUGAUUUGGAAAAUGAUAAUGAUGCAAAGUGACGGGUUCAAAUAUCUUAAUCCACCAGAUGAAAUCCCAAUCACAUAUUGUCCUGGUUCAUUAUUAUGUCUGUCGAACCUGUAUGAAUUGGAAUGUUCAUCAAAAUAUUCAGAAACUUUAUUACUUGGUUUGGCUCACGUUUGUCAGAAUAUUUAUCGGCUGACGAUAAAUCCAUGCGAGGACAAUGAGAAUAAUGGAUUGUUUGCAUUGAUAGAACAGCAAAACUCUUUAAGAGAAGUCAAAUUGGUGUCACCAAAAGGUUCUAUUUGUAAACAGAUUGGAAAAUCAUUGGCGAAACAAGCAACAUCUCUAACCAAUUUCACUUGUCAAAAAAAUAUUUGUUUAACCGAAGAGGCAAUGUCAAAACUGGUAAAUAUUAGAGAAUUGGAUCUGAUAUUGGGCAGAACAAAUCUAAAAUCAAAUUCAUUGGAACUGGCAAAAUUCGCAAAAUUGAGAGUUCUAAAUAUAAAUCAUCAGUAUCGGACUGCAUUGCAUCAUUACACCAAAAUAAUAGAGACAACUGAAGGUGAUCUGGAAAAAAUAAAUUUUGAUUUUGGUUUAUUUCCAUGUAUUGAAGAGAUUCAACGAUACAUACAAGUAGUAACUGAGAAUUGUCCAAAUUUGAAAUUUGUAACUAUAUGGUUUACGGGUCAAGAACUAAAUGAUAUUGAAAGGUUGCUGAUAAUUUGUAAUAAGUUGCAAACAAUCAAAAUUGAAGCUGUAACUUAUGAUUUAUCAACCAGUGUGACAUGGAAAGUUGACAUAAAACCAAUAUUUGAAUUAUUGACUAAAACUUCAAAGAAUUUUCAAGAACUCAUUAUUAGUAAAUGGAUCUUUACGCCAUUGGAACUUAACGAAUGUUUGGAAAUGUGGAGAGGUAGAAAGCCUUUAACUUUGAAAAUUCAACGGAAAACACAAGAGCACAUUCAAAAGAAAGAAUCUAUUGCAAAAGAAAAUUCUACAUCUAAGUUAAAGCCGCCAUCUAAAUUACUAACAAAUCCAACAAAAAAUAUUACAAAAUUACUGUCACCACCAAUAGAAAACGAAGGUAUCAAACUCGAAUCAGAAAACUGGAUUACUUGUAGGCAUGAUACACUUAGAAAAAUAGACAAAUUUCUACAACGUGACAAGUUAAUACUAGUUAGAUCACCACCAUUUACUGGCAAAACAUCAUUAUGUUUUCUUUUGGAAAAUUAUUAUUGUAAACUAAAAAUUCCCGUGGUACAUGUUUGUUUUCUAGGUGUACAAGAUUAUCGUGAUUUUGAAAAAUUUUGGAUCAAUGAAACAUCAAAAAGUUGGAAAUACUGGUUGGACCCGAAAAAACAUUGUGGUGAACUCGUUAUUAUUCUAGAUGAAACUCAAUUGAUAUUUAACAAUAGGAAAUAUGAAGAUUUUUGGUCUAGAGUUAAAUAUUUGUCUAGACUAUCGUCGUCAUCAUCAUCAACUAUACAUAAAAAAAAAUCAUUGAUAAAAGUCAUUGCCUUUUCAACUGUUGCUUCGAUUAUAAUUAAUCCUAAUACUGACGAUAUUAAUAACGAUAGAUCAUUGAUAGGUGGUAGAACCACUAGAAAUAGUAGUGGUAGAGUUAGUAAUAUUACACAAAGUCCAGUUGAUUUCCAAAAUAAAUUUGGAUUUGAAUUGAUAAGGUGCACAAAAAAAGAAUUGCUGGAGCUGGCUCAAGCAUUUAAUAAUCAUUGUAUUAGGAAGAAAAUACAAGUUAGUGAAAAAAUAGCUGGAUAUAUUAUGGAUUUUACAGCAGGCCACGUUGGAUUGAUUAGGUGGAUAUUGAAAGGAAUUGAUAAUCAUUUCUCAUAUCGAGGUACAAUAUACGAAGUUACAACUGAUUCUCAAAUAAUGCGAUAUUUAAAAUCAUCAGAGUUUAUUGAACAAAUUAAAUCACAUCGAGGAGCUGCACCACUAUACAAGUUUACUAAAGAACAAGGUGAGAUAAUUGACAAAUUGUUGCUAAAAGAUGAAAUAUAUGUGUCGGCUUCAGGUCCUGAUGAUGUGAUGACAUCGUUACUUAAAACUGGUGUGAUUUUCUAUCUGGAUGAUAAAGGUCCCGAGUUCAGGCUGAGGGAGGGCAGAGUUGGGUUUAUCUCGCCCGUGAACAAAUUAUUGUCAUUUUUUCAAAGAUGUGUCUCGAUGAAAGAACCACUGAAAGAUGGUUUUGGCUUACAGGAGUUGAUCAAGGAAGCUUUGUCUAGGAUAAAUUCAAAAGCGUUAACACAUAAUCUUGGCCGGUCAAAGGAUGGUAUGAGGUUGCUGGAGCGGGUAUGGCAGAUGGAGUUUUAUAGAGCAAUCUAUAGCUGCUUACCUGACGAAAUGCACAUAUCACCGGAUGUGGGACGUAUAUUUUCAACAGACGGAGUUGUUGAUUUCUACAUCUCUGAGCCACAAUGGGCAAUUGAAUUGCUCAUUGAUGGAAUUGAUAUGAAAAGGCACCAUGAACGUUUUCAGGAUGGUGGAAGAUACUCACUAAUACCGAUCAAAUCAUAUCUAAUUCUUGACAUCCGAGAGACUAGAACAGUACAAAAAUCUUACCCCAACACGUGGCACAUCACACCCAACUCUGACUUUUCAAUUUUCAACGUGUUGGCUGGUACCAAUAUUUUUGACAUUCCAAUCCGUAAAGUGUAUCCUAGUCUUCUCAUUUCUAAAAAUUUGUCACGAAAGAAAAAAAAUCGUAAAGAGGUUAUUGAGAGUUUAGAGAAAUUGAUUGAUUUCUUGACUAGACGAGAAAAAUAUCUAAGAGAGAGGGGCACGAUUAAUGAGGCAAAUGAUGUUCAGAGACAACUGGAUAGAGCUGCACAUGAUUUGACACAUGUUUUAUAUGAGGCAGUCGGACAAGGAUUUGGAAUUAAUGGUGAUUUGUUAUUGGAAAGAUAUUAUCGUAGUAUCAUUAAUAACGAUAUUAAUAACAAUAGUAGCACCUGUAAUGGGAAUAGUGAUGUUUGUGAUAUUGUUGUAAAUGAAGACAACUAUGUUGGUGUUAAUAAUGGUGCUAAUAAUAGUAGUGAUUCAUCGUCAAUUCUUAAUAUUGAUGAUUCGGAUGAUUUAAAUUUAGACAAUUUCAAAUAA